AUGGCAACCCAUCCAUUCUGCUGCACCACAAUCCAACCCACCAAGCCCCCAAAUCCCGACCACGAGCAGACAUUCACCGAAUUCACAAAAUGGGGUCUCACCACCAUCGGUAAUCUAACAGGAUCCACAGAUCCCUCCGAAGCGAGCGUCUGCAUCCAGCUCGUGCGCCAAGUCAACAGCGGGCCGAUAGAGUCUAUUCGGUACUUCGUUGCAAGUGACACACACGGGAGUUUCGAAGAGGUCCCUGAAGAUGGGAUUGUGGAUGCGAAUUUCGUGAAGAUGAAUGAUCAUGGAGAAGACCAAGACCAAGAGCAAAACCAAAACCAAGACCGAGAGGGUGGGAUAUCUCAGUCUGGCGAUGGGACUGAGAUAAAUCAAGACAGCAACGAUGACCAACCUAUAUCGUCUUCGCCUACGUUCGACACCGAGGUAACUCAAGAUGAAGAUGCAGGGUCAAAUUCGCCUGGAUUUGAGACUCAGGCUACUGCUUAUGAUGAAGAUCGUGGGACAGUGGCUUCUCGUAUGAACAGGAUUGUGGAGAUUGUGGAGGUUGUGACGAUUGAAUAG